AUGGCGCAAAAUAAUAUGUCGAUCGAUUCCAGAAGCGGGUUCAGCAGAUCGAAUUCCGUCUUCUACAGUAAGCGACAACCCAUAGCUCUCCCCUCUAACGAAUCCCUCGACAUCACCACCUUCAUUUCUUCCCGCGCCCACCAUGGGAAGAUCGCCUUCGUUGAUGCAUCCACUGGACGCCACCUUACCUUCUCGGAAGUCUGGCGAGCCGUCGAUUCCGUCGCCACCUGCCUCUCCGACCUGGGAAUCCGCAAAGGCCAUGUUGUCCUCCUCCUCUCCCCCAAUUCCAUCUUCUUCCCCGUGAUCUGUCUCUCCGUCAUGUCCCUCGGCGCUAUCAUCACCACGACCAACCCCCUCAACACCACCCAAGAAAUUCGUAAGCAGAUCGCUGAUUCCAAGCCAGUUCUCGCCUUCACCACCCAUUCUCUCCUCCCUAAAUUCGCCGGCAUGGAUCUCCCUAUCGUUCUCAUCGGAGAAGGUCACGACUCGGAGACGGGACGAGGGGCAAAUGUUAGCAGAAUCAAAAUAGUUUCUUCCUUGGAGAACAUGAUGAAGAAGGAACCUAAUGACAGCCGAGUCAAGGACCGAGUCUGCCAAGACGACACGGCGACCCUGCUCUACUCUUCUGGUACUACCGGUGCCAGUAAGGGCGUGGUGUCGUCGCAUCGGAACCUCAUCGCAAUGGUUCAGACGAUUCUGGGUCGUUUCAAGUUGGAAGAGGCAGAUAGCAGGGGUGGACCGCACACGUUCGUCUGUACGGUCCCCAUGUUCCAUAUCUACGGCCUGGCAGCGUUCGCGACGGGAUUACUGGCUUCUGGAUCGACAAUAGUGGUGCUGUCGAAGUUCGAUAUGCACGAAAUGCUUUCUGCGAUCUCCAGGUACCGAGUAACCUAUUUGCCUCUAGUUCCACCGAUACUGGUGGCGUUAAUCAACAACGCCGACGUGAUAAGGGCAAAAUACGAUAUAGGGACGCUGCAGUCAGUGUUGUCGGGUGGGGCCCCAUUGAGUAAGGAAGUGAUCGAGGGGUUCUUGGAGAAGUAUCCAACGGUGAAGAUUCUUCAAGGGUAUGGGCUGACGGAGACGGCGGGAAUUGGAGCGUCCACGGAUACGGUGGAGGAGAGCAGACGGUACGGUACGGCAGGAUUAUUGUCACCGAACAUGGAAGCAAAGAUCAUUGAUCCGGAGACUGGAGAGGCGUUGCCAGUGAACCGUACGGGUGAGCUUUGGCUUCGUGGUCCCAGCGUUAUGAAAGGUUAUUUUAGCAAUCCUGAAGCAACUACAUCAACUCUGAAUUCUGAGGGAUGGUUAAGAACCGGAGAUGUUUGCUACAUUGAUGAGGAUGGAUAUAUCUUCAUUGUAGACCGAUUGAAGGAGCUAAUCAAGUACAAGGGUUACCAGGUCCCCCCAGCAGAACUAGAGGCAUUGUUGCUUUGUCACCCCGAAGUUGCUGAUGUUGCUGUCAUACCAUUUCCAGAUAAGGAGGUUGGACAAAUUCCUAUGGCAUAUGUUGUAAGAAAAGCUGGAAGUGAUUUGUCUGAUAGCAAUGUCAUGGACUUUGUGGCUAGACAGGUGGCUCCAUACAAGAGAAUAAGAAGAGUUGCAUUUGUGAAUGCCAUCCCCAAGAACCCAUCUGGGAAGAUUCUCAGGAAGGAUCUCAUAAAGUUGGCAACCUCCAAACUCUGAGUCUGCUUCCACAAUUUUGUUAUGUAUUAAUCAAAUAUCUUGCAACCAUGCAUGUAGACGUUCAUGUUAUAUCCAUUAUUUUCCGCUAUCUGUUUCAGCAAGAUAUGAGUGCAGUGAAUUGAGUAUUUAUUUUGUUAAGUAUGUAUUUUUGUAAAUAGUGCCGGGUUUGAUUAACCUCUUUUUGUGUUAGAGAAUAAAUACAUAUUUAGUUAUUUCAUCCAA